UAACCUAAUAAUAAACCGGUUAGUAAACCUGUGAUCUGAACAAUUGAGCUGCUUCUAAUUAAGUAAAUUGAGUUUGAGUAACUGCAAAAGUUGAUAUAAAUUUAAAAAUGGAAACAGAAUUAAUUGCAACCAAUCCAAAUAUAACAGAAUCAAAUCGAAUUGAAUCAGAUUCAUCUGAAACACUUCCAACAGAAUCAAAUGCAUCUGACACAACUGCGAGUGAAACAAAUGCAAAAAAAUCUAAGGAGAAAAUUUUUAAAUUGGCUUUUGUAUUAGCUGAAAAUGAAGUAAAAAUUAUAAACGAAACAAAUUUAAUAAAACUUUUAGUUGAAAAAUUUAACGCUAACGCAUCCUUAGAUGAUGGAAUCACCCUGAAAUUUUUAAAUGUUACAGGAAAUGUACAACAUCGAAAAGAUAUUCUAGAAAAUAUUAAAAAGAUCGUAAACGUAAAAAAAGUUGGGGAUAAAUUACAUCUUUUAUUCCACAAAAUUCAACGAGAUUUUCCGUUAAUCGAAGAAAUCCGUUAUUUAAAUGAUCCAUUUUCUUUAUACAAAACAUAUACAAGUCUAAUAGCAGAAAAGUCAUCUAAUAAUCAUGAAGUUACGCGAGUUAUAAGGCAAAUGAACGCGUUUCGUCGAUUACAUUGCUUAGAAUUUACAGAUGAAACAUUAAAAACGUUGAAUAUUUUACGCGAUCUUUAUAUCGCUAAAAAACGAGAAAUGUCAGGAAAUAUGUAUUAUAUCGCAAACAAUGCGUGGAAGGAUUUCUUUAAUAAUAUCCAAAAUAAUGAAUUUGAUAAAUUAAUCGAUGAAUUUAAUUCAAAAACAUUUGAUAAUAACCAAAAAUUACAACAAUUACCGAAAUUAGUUUUAAAUGAAGACCUAAAACCAAAAGAAAAAAAAAUUCCACUGGAGGAAGAUCAGGCCUUAUUUGAAUAUGUGAAAAAAUUAUUUAAAGCAACUCAGGAAAAGAAGUUGAAACGGAUGUUAGAAAAAUGUAUGAAAUUAUAUAAAGUUAAGAAAUGUUAUUCUAAGGAGAAACGCCAAGCUAUUAAGUCUGUUGGGGAAAAAUUACACAUGCCAUUUCAAUCUACAUAAUGAUUAUAGCGAUUAAUGAUACAAGAGACUGCAAUAAAAAAUUUAGAGAUA